AGACAAACAUUCAUUUCUGUCUGCGCGAUCACGACGGAUCCGAGAUUCGACGUGCAAUUGAACCCGGCAUCUCGUCUCUGCAAAUCACUCCCCUCCCCCGAAAACAACUAUCCGCGCAAUCCACGAGAAACCGACAAGGCUUUCGAGUCACCAGAUUCCCCUUAUGACUUCCACUGCGGGUCAAUCGAACCAAAACCCGGCGUCAACCCCCUCAGCUCCCGCAGCCCCGUCGUAUGCUUCCGCAGCCGGUGCGAACAAGAAGCCUACAUCGACGCCGCUGAUCGCGACGGGCUCUCACCCGCCCGUGGUGGUUGGUUCUUCUGCAGCUGCUGCCCAGAAUGGCAAGCCCUCAGCUGGCCCGCCGCUGAACGGCAGACCCAACAUUACACCAGCGAUUCCCGUCGCAGCUCCACCUGUCGCCCGUGGCAGCUCAAUCGCCAACGGCGGAGCAGCCGACCACGCUCGGAAGAGCUCGGUCACCAUCAGCGCUAAUGCCCCGGCCAGCCACAUUGCAAACGGCGGUCCCGUCGGCGGCCGCGACUCAAUUAGGUUUGGCUUCGACGGCUCCCCUGCUGUCGCCCAUAGCACACCCCAGAUAGGUGGUGCUGCGCCGAUUCCCAUUCCCGGAAGCGGAAACCCCAGGAUUCCAUCUCCGGCAAAUUCGCCCUCACCCAUCCCCCAGAUUCCGCAGCAGAGCGGCGGUCAGCGGGCUCCGUCAAUGACGCAAGUGCCGCCUCCCACCUUCGGAAGCUUUCCGGGUGAUAACGAUCGUCACAUGAAGCAACAUAACCCAGUCGCUAUGGGCCAAAGCCCCCAUGCUCGACGCGAUUCCCAGGUAUCCAGCCAUGGUGAGGGUGUCGGCCAUGGCGGUCCAAGCCACGGCCGUGGUGGGUACCAGGGCCAAGGUCGCGGACGCGGGAAUUAUAACCCACAAUAUAACAACUCCAACAUGGGCUACCCUCCCGGGCGGAACUUCUCCGGCAACAGCGCGGGCCGCGGCGGCGUGCCGCCUUAUCAUCAAGGCCGCGGCGGAAUGCAGCAGUUCCCCAACUCACCGCAACCACCUCGAGCCAGCCCAGCCGCUACUCCAACCAUGUCUCAUGGCACACCUGCCAUUCCUCCCGCGAUGGGUCCUCCUGGCCCACACUUCUAUCCAAACAUGUACCCACAACAAAUGCCCCCUGCUUAUGGCAUGCCGCCCGAGUUCCGCAUGGGCUACCCGCCAUACGGCAACCAGCAGAUGCAGCAGAUGCCGUACAUGGGACAGCAUCCUCAAUUCGCACCAACUGCUCACCCGCAGUUUGUCCCUCCCCCUUAUGGGCCGGGUCAGCCGGCUGCUCCCCCUAUGUCUCGUAACGCCUCACAGGUUUCGGACCGGCCCGUGUCGAGCACCGGACAAAACCAAGCCCCCGUCAUCGCCCAAGGCACUCCGCAGCAGCGCCCGGCUCAGGCGGCACCCCCAGCGAUUGUGUCGUCUUCGACCUUCUCUCGGCCACCCAAACGGAGCGCAGCGAUUGUGAUUAAAGAUGAAGAAGGUAACGUUGUCGACUUGGCUGCUGCGAGGAAGACCCCGGCCUCGCCGUCUCCAGGCAUCCAACAGUCCAAGACCCCUCCCGUUAUUGCCUCGAGCCCCACACCACCGCCUAAGUCCGCGACGCCAUCCCACGGGCGGACUGACAGCACUACAACCAACAAGACAGCAGAGCAGGUACGGAACGAGUUCAAGGACCUAGUGCGGAAGACAGCAGACGUCCCCUCUGAUGCCAAGGCAAAGGAGGACGAGGCUGCCAAGGCGGCGGGAGAGAAAGCUGCUGCUGAGAAGGCCGCUGCUGAGAAGGCCGCCGCCGAAAAGGAGGCUGCCGAAAAGGCUGCCGCGGAAGAAAGGGCUAAGGAGGAGCGGCGGAAGGAGGAAGAGCGUCUUGAGGCUGAGAGGAAAGCGGCUGAAGAGGCCAAGGCUGCUGAAGAGGCCAAGGCGAAAGAGAAGGCAGAGGCAGAGGCCAAGGCUAAGGCAGAAGCGGAGGCUAAGGCCCAGGCAGAGGCUAAGGCCCAGGAAGAUGCCAAGGUCAAAGCCGAGGCUACCGCGCCCGCCGCGGAUGCUCCUCAGGAGCAGAAGAAGCAGGAUGCGCCUCCCGACCCUUCCAAGAUGUCUGAAGAGGAACUCGAGCGCAUGAUCCGCGAGAUGGAAGAGGAGGACGCUCGCCGUGAGAAGGAGCAAGAAGAGAUAUCGGCCAGGAAGAAGGCCCAGCAGGAGGAAGAGAAGAAGCGCCGCGAGGCCGAGAAACUCGAUUCUGCUGAGAACGAUCGGAGGCUUCGCGAGCAAGAGCGAGAGAUGGAGAGGCUCGAGGAGGAGCGCGAGCGCCGGCGCAAGGAGAACGAGGCCAAGGGUCAGACGGAGUCGAUCUCGGAGCUUCUCUCGAAGAAGAUUGACGAUUUGAAACUGUCCGAAAAGAAGGAGACGGUUGAGAAGCCAGGCAGCCCCGCCGAUACAAGCUCAGGCGUAAGCGCCAAACCAAGUGCCGACAAGUUCAAGAGCAGGCCUGGCCCUCUCAAUUUGACACCUCUCAAGACGACGCCGGUUGAGGCGCCUCAACCGAGCGCGGCGCUUCAGUCCCUCCGUUCCGCCCGUUUCUUGCCCGCGGUGGAAUACAAUAUCUACCCCGAAGGCAUCGCCUCGCCUAACCCCGCCCUUAAUGCUGCGGUCCAUAAGAAGGGCAAGAUCUUCAAGUACGACGCACAGUUCCUUCUGCAGUUCCAGAAGGUCUUCACUGAGCAGCCGUCAUUGGAAUUCCACCAGCAGGUCAAGGCUCUCAUUGGAGAUUCGGACGGCUCCCGUUCCGCCUCUGCUCGGACUCCGGGCGGCGGUUCCGGCAGACAAGCCUCACGGGGCGGCUCCUCAUCCGUUUUCCCUCCCGGUCCCAUGGGCCAGUUCGCGGCGGCAAGAACUUUACCGCCGGGAAGUACCUCGGAUGACAGGUUCGCCAUGUCUCAAGGCAACAUGUCAAGACCCGGUAUGGGCUCUAUGGCUUCCUUCAACCGCGCGGGUGGCUUCCCCGGCCAGAUGAGCAGGACACCUUCUUUUGGUCCCGGAGGCUUGCCUUCACCCCGGACCGGCAGCAGACGUGGGAAUGAGAGCAGAAAGAAUCACAGCAACGCCAAGGAGGUACAGGCUGCUAAGAACAUGCCGCUUACCGCUGGCCAAGAAGUUAAGCCCAUCACUGUGUCGGCAUCAGGCUGGAAGCCGAUGAGCCUUGUCAACAAGACUGCCCAAGCCCCGGCAGGACAUCUUGAUCCUGAGACGGUGCAGCGCAAGGUCAAGGGAGCGCUGAACAAGAUGACACCUGAGAACUUCGACAGGAUCUCGGAUCAGAUCCUUGAAAUCGCCGGACAGUCCAAGAACGAGCAGGACGGUCGCACACUGCGGCAGGUUAUCCAACUAACGUUCGAGAAGGCCACUGACGAGGCCCACUGGGCAGGCAUGUAUGCCAGGUUCUGCAGGCGCAUGCUUGACACGAUUAAUCCGGAGAUUCGUGACGAGAGCAUCCUCGACAAGAAUGGCAAUGUGGUUUCCGGCCCCGCCCUUUUCCGCAAGUAUCUGUUGAACAGAUGCCAGGUAGAAUUUGAGCGUGGCUGGAAGGUCAACUUGCCUCAACCCAAGGAAGGAGAGGACAAGCAGGCAACUUUGUUGUCUGACGAGUACUACGCCGCCGCGGCCGCCAAGCGGCGUGGAUUAGGUCUUGUCCAGUUCAUCGGCGAGCUCUACAAGCUCAACAUGCUCACGGAGCGCAUCAUGCAUGAGUGCGUGCGCAAGCUGCUCGAAUUUACCGGGGUGCCUGACGAGGCCGAGAUUGAGUCUCUUACCAAGCUGUUGAGGACUAUCGGUGGCAAUCUGGACGCCCCCGACAAGGGCGAGAAGGAACGGGCCUUGAUGGAGGCUUACUUCCAGCGCAUCAACUCCAUUAUUCAACUUCCUGGGCUGCCUAGUCGUCUCAAGUUCAUGCUCAUGGACAUUGUUGAUCUGCGCAAGGCCGGUUGGGUCUCCAAGGAGGCGAAUAAGGGCCCCAAGACUCUUGAGGAAGUUCGGGCUGAGGCCGAAGCAGCGGCUGCCCAGAAAGCAGCGGAGAGCGCGCGCAGCAGCCAGCGUGGCGGUCCUGGGGGCCGGCCGACCGGUGGUCGGGGGGACUCGAGAAACUUCCCGUACAGCAACCCCACUCCUAACCAGGUCGGUAUGGACGACCUCCGGCGGCUCAAGGGAUCAUCGAGCCGCACAUCGAGCCAGAACCCCUCGCUUGGCGGUCCGACGUCGAUGUUCGCCUCGCGUAGCAGCAGCGGCCGGCGCAUGGGCGGCCCCGGCGGUGCUUUCAGUCGUGCUGGCGAGGACUCGGGCGCUUCUUCCCGCACUGGGACGCCGCCCACCCGUGACCGUGACUCAGUCGCGCAUACAAAUGCAUUUGGACUGCUCGCCGAUACCGGAGACCACCCGGGCUCCCCUCCGUCGACCGCCGCGUCGCCAGCGCUGUCCAAGGCGACCCUAGACACGGUGGCGGCUGGCGAAAACAAGAAGGAGGAUUGAAUGGGCUGCUGAAGCGCUCGCUGAGGGGCGGGGGGUGGUCUUUCCAUUAGUUGACAACAACGGUGUCUUGCAUUCAUGAUCUCAUGCAUAGACCGGGCGGGUUCUUUUUUCCGAGUCAGUUUGCAUUUGCGGGGUGUGUGGGUUCGCGCGAGCCAAAAAAUUGCUUUUGUGUUAUUCCAGUGUUGUGGGUUUUGUGCAAAAAAGUUGGGCGCUUCCCCCUAACUACUACUACUUGCUACUUUACUCU